AGCGACAGGUUUGUUAUGACAAUAGGUUUGGUUCAGCAACCAAGGGGAUGGAUAUAUCACAGCUUGCUGUAGACCCAGCAUCAGUUCCACCGCUGCAUCCAAAACGAACUGAUCGAUAGUCAUCACCUGAAGUAGCUUCAGGUAGAUCUGACAGGUGUAAGAGGAACCAAACCACCAUCUCAGAUAACACCUGCCCCCCUUGUGUACCUAACCAUCAUGAUGAGGGUGACUCUGUGUCUAAUGAUCUCCUUCUGUCUUGGAUCAGUGUCCGCACUCUUUGACUGCGCCCGAGAGACUGGGUCGUGUCAGAAUGGCGGCACGUGCGAUAUGGCUGCCGGAACCUGUUCGUGUGACGCAUCAUACACAGGCUACGACUGCUCUGUGGUAAUUGCUGACCAAGCCGACGCUGCCUGCACCACCAACCCUUGCAUUAAUGGCGGGACCUGCCACAAGGCGGGUGCUGCCUCCGCCGCCACGUGUCUCUGUGCCCCGGACUAUGUGGGAGCAACUUGUGAGGACAAGCGGUACAUGCUGACGUGUGACACCGCCGCCAAUCCAGAUACAAUGACGAUGAAGGUCGUUCCGCAUGUAUCCUCGUUUUCUGGGAAAGUUUAUCACAAGAAUAAGGAGACGCCAUGUCCGUUAGCUGAAACAGCGACAGGGACGGGGGUUUACAUGUCCACUGCUGUUGCCAUUGACGACGCAACCUGCGGCGCAACAACAACGGGAACCAAUUCUGUCCAAGAAAUCAUCAUCCAGUUCGGAACGGACACACUGACCACCCGUGAUGAACUGAUCACUUUCACCUGCGGUACCAGUGACGAAAUAGCACAGUCGUCGGGAGCUGUCACCAUCCAGAAUGUUGAAAGCAAUCUAGGUACAAAGGAUGUCAGUAACGUUCCCCUGGACGCCGACAUCGAUCUGACCUUGACGUCCGGCGGUAGUUCUGCCAGCGGAGCGACACUUGACCUUGGUGCAGACAUCCUUGUGACUGUCGCACUCACUACUCCCGGCAGUGCCAAGUUCGCGGCUAUUCGACUGACGAGGUGCUAUGCCGCGAACGAAGCCACAAGCGGUGCUGGAACGUAUAAGUCGAGAGAUUUCAUCACAGCAAGUUGUCCUGCGGCUGACCUGAAGAGUGUCAUGCUGGUCCCUGUCGCUGGGCCCGCCACAAGCAAAACGUUCACUUUCGACGCCUUCAAGUUCACUGGCUCGGAUACUCUGUUCGUGACCUGUGACAUCAAAGCAUGUGCAGUGUCCACCGACUGUGAUCCGGUGACCUGUUCACGAAGGAAGAAGAGAGAGGCGGGGACCAGUCCGGACAAGGUCCUGCAAAGAUCAUUCAACAUCAACGACCCACUUGCCCUCGCUACCGCCGCUGCAACUCUCAACGAGUUCAAGGAGAACAAGGCGUGCUACUUGACCUGGGAGAUGACCGCCACAGUUGUGGCCCUGGCCGUGGCUCUUCUGCUUCUGCUCAUCCUCUGCAUCGUCCUCGUCGUCAAGGCCAUCCUCCACCGCAGGGACACCACCGGCAACCGCGACGACACCAGCGACACCAACUCCACCGCCCAACUCCCGCACCUCCCUACUCUUGUCAGCAACAAGUGUUAAAACAAGCCAUCACGUGACCAUGUACUACUACAGAUAUGGCAGUUAGGCCCUCCUAUGUACUUGGGUUAUUCACUUGUUUCGAGUUUUAAGAUAUUCAAGAAUUUUCACAAUAUCUACAAAAAACCGCAGUCUUUUAAAAUUAAUGUACGUUGCUUCAAAUAGUAACCAAGUCAUAGCCCUAUUCACAAACUAGCCAUUUGCAGAAUAAGCAUAUGUUAAUUUAGGUUAAGAUAUAUGGAUGAACAAUCCUUUAUGAGAAUUAGGAGCAGUAGUUCAUCCAUAUAUCCUAUCCUUACUUAGUCCUCCUAAAGAAGUCAGCAUUUGGUACUUACAAUUUGUUAUUCUAUUAUUUUGAGUCGCCAAAUUCGUGAAAAGACAAGUGCGAAAGUGCACCAUAUUAAAAUAGAACUUUGGGAUCAUGUGCGGAAAAAUGAACUGAUAGUUUCUUGUGUAAAUGUAUUCGAACAGUCAUCUGUAAAGGAAUGGCUAGCGAGAACACGGACUUUUCUAUACCUAUAUAUGCCAUAGAAUGUAUAUAUCAAUUAUUUUCUCUGUGUAAGACCUCGUCACAAACAUUCGUAUAUAGUAUUUACUCUAACCAGCGUCCUGUGAUACGUGUUGUAUUGUCAGUUGUUAGCGUUUGUGUCUCUGACUACGUAACGACGAAAAUAUGCAUUUUCAGAUUAUCCUCAGAUUGUGUUGGUUUUGAAAUGCGGCAAGAACUUCCGCUUGUCUGUAUCUAUUUUUGCUGCAUCUAGAUUGGCUGAAUUCAAAUACUUCUUUAGAGAUCAUUACGUCCUUGAUACUCAGUAUAUAAUGCAAUGUUUUGAAAUGAUAUACCAGAAGGACAGUUUUCCUUAUACCAUGACAUUAAUGGUCCUAAUGAUAGUCAUAAUAACAAAAGUAUGUUUGGAAUUGAAUUCUGCAACUUAAAUUGUAUUCUUAAUUCGUCUGAUUCCUUAGGUAAUAAAAUGAGAAAAUUCCAAA